UCGCAACCACCUGAGGCCAUGCCACCCCUUUCGCCUCGCCAGACGCUUUCGGCUUCUCUUCCUCCGGUUUAAGCGAAGUCGGGGAAGGAAUGGAGAGUCUCUCAGGGUUUCGUUGAUCGUCGUGGCGAUGUCCACCUUCAGCGGCGACGAAACCGUCCUCGUCUUCUCCUGCAAGGGGGCGGCGUACGGGAUGGCGUCCAUGGGCGUGACGCGACUGGAGCCCGUGAUGAAGUCGAUCAUGCUCGUGGUCAGUGCUCGGGAUCUACGGAUUGAUUAUCGCUGUGAUCAUAAGCACCAGGAACAACCCACAAGGCGAAGUCGUAUUACCUCUUUGAUGGCUAUGCUCAUCUCUUCUCUGGGCUUGCUGGUUCGUCUGCGGGCAUGGCGAUCGGCAUCGUCGGCGACGCUGGUGUUCGAUUCUUGAUGUGGUUGCCAAGUGAUCCGAGUCAUUCAUGCUGCAUUUGAACAUGGAAGUGCAAAAGGCCGCAUUCUGAUUUGCCAUGAUUACCUGCGGGUCUUUAGCAGAAGAAGUCUACUAGCAGCGAGCCUAUUACGAGGAAAUGGACUGAGACUUGCUAAAUCAAGAAAUGCAAGAUUUCUUUCUUUCAUUGAUUUGGAAAUAGCCGAAGCAGCGAAUCCACGCGAGGAAUGUAUGGUUAGAUCUGACUCGGUCGGAUCGCUUUUGGUCAUUAGGCUCGCGCUGGACUCUCCAACCGGUCCGGUUCGAUCUCGGCGGUCCGGCAAUAUCCUUUUUAUAAACCACGAUGUCGCUUAGUGAAAAGGGUUGGUUGGGGCGCGAUGGCGAAGAGGGCGGACGGCGAUUCCUCGACGGUGAAGGAGGCUCGGCCGCCGGUGAUCGUGUGGAACAAGGAAAGGGAGAGAUUUGAGACGGAGGACAAAGAAGCCUUCCUCCAAUACCACCUCAGAGACGUUGGCCUCGUGGCGGCGGCCGCGAACAGCAGCGACAAUCCCGAGCAGGAGAAGAGGAAGGGGGCGGCGGUGGUGAUGGACAUGGUGCAUACCUACGUGCCGAGGAGCAAGCGGGGGAUGGGCCUCGCCGCCCUCCUCUGUGACGCCGCCUUCGCUCACGCCCAGUGCCACUCCAUGCUCGUCAUCCCCACGUGCUCCUAUAUCUCCGAUACUUAUCUUCCUCGAAACCCUGCGUGGAAUUUUCUGGUAUGCAAUGGGGAGCCAAAAUCAAGCAUGUAACGUAAAGAUCUGCUAAGGAGCAUAGAAGCCUGUGAAGAAGUAAUAGUUCUUCCUUUUGUUUUGUUGAGUUUUCUGCAUUACCUUCUAUAGUUACUAUGUGAUGGAAUUAUCUUUAGUUUGUGUGGGAAAAUAAUUUGUGUGAAUGCAUGCAUACAAGUAGUCUGCAAUUUCUUCUUA